AUGAGUAGGAGCUUGAGCUGGUCUGAACAGCUGGAUGCGCUUCUCAGUGCCACUGAUGGAAACGUGGCCAGGAUUAAGUCUGGCGUCGGAGCUCAACAGCCCUGGACUCUAGAGACUUCACCCACUGUUCCAGAGGGACUGAGCUGGGCUGAGGCCCACAGUCCAUCCUCUCUCUGGGAUGAAUCAGAGGUUCUGCGGGAGGAAUUGAAGUUGUUGCGGGACCAGUUGAGUCAGCACCAGGAGUUGCUGUUAAAGCAGAUGACUGAAGGGUGGCAGGUUCAGGCCCGUGGCUGGAAGAUGUUGGAGCAACUACAAAGUGGCCAGGAAGGCAAGGGUCACACCCUGGAGGCUGCCAGGAUAGAGGCCCAGGAUGCCCAAUGGGAGUUCAGUCUCUUCAGGACCUUCGUUCAUGUCCUCCAAUCUAAGCUGCCCCUGACUACCACCUUCGGCAUGUCCCUUUCUUCAUCUAGCUCUGAAGUCAGUCUUCUGGACAAUCUCCCAAGGAGCACCUUUUCUUACCUGGAGUCCAACAGCCUUCAUCUCCAGGCCCAGAGCCUUGAGCAGGAGGACUUAUCCCUUCAGGACCCCAAGAUCCUCAUGAGUGACCUGUAA